GCCAACAGAAUAAAGGUGCAUUCAUUCUCCGGGAUCAUGGAUGACAGAGCCAACAAGUUGAUCCUGGCGCCGGUUCUAGCUGUCCUCUUUGUCAUGAUUGUCUACCAGUACGUCUGCCCAGCUGGGACCGGCUCCUGGCAUUUCAGGGCAGGGGACCCUGCGAGGGACCAGUCCGCUGAGCUGCCAGCUAUGGCAGAGGCUCAGUGGCAGAGUGACGAAGAUGAGAGUGAACUUCCAGAAGAUAACAUCCCCCCCAAAUUCCAGCCGACCUUCAGCUUCAUGGCCAAAGACCUUUACAGGUUUGUGGAUUUUAACAUCAAGGGGGACGAUGUUAUAGUGUUCCUCCACAUCCAGAAGACAGGAGGCACUACUUUUGGGAGGCACUUGGUCAGGAAUAUCCGUUUGGAACAGCCCUGUGACUGUAAGCCAGGACAGAAAAAGUGCACCUGUCACCGUCCUGGGAGGAAGGAGACUUGGUUAUUUUCUCGCUUCUCUACCGGCUGGAGUUGUGGCUUGCAUGCAGACUGGACCGAGCUCACCAACUGUGUACCGGCAAUCAUGGAGAAAAAGGACAGCCAGAAAAACCACAGGUCAGUGUCCUGCUAG